AUGGUGUCAACUUCUGUGGCCGUGGCAGCUGUGGUGCUGCUGUCCAGCGCGCUGUUGAUGCUGGGGGACCGCGUAGACCUCCCCCCGCUUGAAGCGCUUAAGCAACAGUGGGUGACUAGUAGCGGCUACGAUCUGGCGGAUUUGUCUGCACCCGUGCUCUACGGACAGCCACUUUUGGCACUUGCCUAUGUGGCUCGCUUACCUGUGCUUGGCCGUAUCCUGUGCAACCAGCUAGCUAAGGACAACAAGAUUGUUGAGGCACGCAAGUUCGCAGCUUCUAUUCCGGACUUACCGCUGUACUACCCGUACCUGGAGCCAAAUCAGAGCGACUUCCGUCACGGUGAAGGGCCGCUCUCGCUAGAGGAUUUUAGCAAGAAAGGAGUGAAGAGCAAGAACGCCGACGCUUUCAAGCACUGGAGCAUUGCUGACUACACGUCACGCUACAUCUCCGGAGAGGUGACGCCUGUGCAAGUGGCUAAAGCUUUACUAGCUGCGGUUGAGAAGAACCAGCAGAGUGAAUACCCUCUUAAUUUGUUCGUGGAGAAACACGAUGAGGAGAUUCUGGCGCAAGCCAAGGCGUCAGCGGAGCGCUAUGCGCGUGGGAAUCCCCUAGGUGUGCUGGAUGGCGUGCCGGUGGCUAUAAAAGACGAGGUGCACAUAAAGGGUCAUCGUAUGUUCACGGGCACAUCUUUCCUGGGAUACGAAGAGGAACCUGCGACGAUGGACGAUCCACCAGUUGCUAGACUUCGGGCCGCUGGAGCAAUCAUUUUAGGAACGACGAACAUGCAUGAGAUCGGCUCAGGUGUCACGGGGUACAACAUGCACUACGGCGCUGUUCGCAAUCCGUACAACCCAAAGUGCUACACCGGUGGGUCUUCCAGUGGCUCUGCUGCAGCGGUGACAUCAGGUCUGGUGCCGUUGGCGCUGGGCUUGGACGGCGGAGGUUCCAUUCGCAUUCCUUCCUCAAUGUGUGGUGUGGUCGGUAUCAAGCCCACUUUCCAACGGAUCCCUUCAGCUGCCGCCGACUGUCCUUCCGUUGCUCAUGUGGGCCCGAUCGCAGGUUCUGUUCGUGACGCUGCUAUUGGCUACGCCAUCAUGAGUGGUGGCGACGAAACUAGCUUCCUUCGCGGCAUGACGCAGCCACCCGUGGACCUGCACUCGUUCGAAGAUACGUCUUCGCUUAAAGAUGUUCGCAUCGGAUACUUCAGCGACUACACGAACCACUCGUCACCUGAGAUUGCUGAGGCGGUCACCAGGACGCUCAAAGCGCUGGAGACUCGCGGAGCGGAGCUGAUAGAGACGCCGUUACACCAUCUGACAGCCAUUCACGUCGCCCACUCCAUCACCAUUACGUCCGAGUUUGCUCAGAACCUGGACAAAUUCUACGAGCGCUUCGCCAUGGAUUUUCUUGCUGCACAGCGUGUUCGCGCGUUCGCUCUACGUCAGUUCCAGGAAAAUGUACUGAGCAAAGUGGACGCGUUCGUGACGCCCUCGACCGGUAUCACCGCUCCCGAAAUCCCACUCGAGGCUCUUGCAGUUGGGGAGCUAAACGCGGCCCAGCUUGGAAACAUCUUUCGUUUCAGCGUGUACGGCAACCUCAUUGGCGUGCCAGGCAUGUCUGUGCCGAUCGGCUACGACUCGCGCGGAUUGCCCAUGUCCAUCCAGUUCCAGACUGCCCAUUGGCAGGAGGACACGAUGCUGCGUCUUGCCCACACCACUGAGAAUUUGUAUGCCAAGACACAGAAGAAACCACAGAUUUACUUCUCCAUACUCGACGAUGCGGCCAAGCAGUCCAGCGACUAA